AUGUUUAUCCGUGCGCCAGAGACCGUGUUCAACCUCGAGGAGCUGCGUGAGCGAAAGGUGUUCAUCUACGCCAACAAGCUACAGCGCUUCUUCUUGCGCUUCACCCUCAUGUCCUACUACUACUCCAUCCAGAAGGGCGCCAACGACUCGGCUCAAGAACAACAAGGAGCGUCGUCGUCUGAGUCUCGAGAGACCAUUCCAGGGCGAUUACAUGAACUACCGCGAGAACUUCCCUCUGAAGGACCUGGUGGCCAAGAACGGCAAUGA